UGUCACCUGACCCCGGUCCCCAGUAGUAGGUUUAUGAUUUUGCAGCGGCUCAGAGGCGCAGAAAGGUCUCCGAUCAGAUUGAAUCAGCAAGUUGGAUUUUAAAAGGUUGAAACUUUUAUUUUAUCGUUUUUUAUUCAUUUUCCUCCAAACAGAAGACCGAGAACGUCUCUGCAGCCCAGAAUGAAUCUGGCUGUGCUCGUCUUUGCCUCCGCGGCCACCCUGACCACCUUUGCCCUUGACAACGGGCUGAUGAGGACCCCUCCCAUGGGCUGGUUGGCAUGGGAACGGUACCGCUGUGACAUCGACUGUGAACAUGACCCCAAAAACUGCAUCAGUGAGAAUCUGUUCAUCGACAUGGCAGAUAGACUCUUUGAGGACGGCUGGAAGGAACUCGGCUACGUCUACGUGAACAUAGACGACUGUUGGUCCUUGAAGACCAGAGACAAGCAAGGACGGCUGCAGCCUGACCCUAAGAGGUUUCCAGGGGGAAUCCGUAAGCUGUCCCGCUACAUGCACGACCGAGGUCUCAAACUGGGCAUCUACGGCGACAUGGGCAACUACACCUGCAUGGGCUACCCCGGCACCCCGCUGGAUAAGAUAGCUGUAGACGCUCAGACGUUCGCUGACUGGGAGGUGGACAUGUUUAAAUUUGAUGGCUGCUACUCCAACGCCACAGAUCAGGAGCAGGGAUAUCCUCUCAUGUCAAAGGCUUUAAAUGCUACAGGGCGCCCUAUUGGCUACUCCUGCAGCUGGCCUGCAUACCAAGGGGGGCUGCCACCAAAGGUAAAUUACACCCAGCUGGGUCAGCUCUGCAAUCUGUGGCGUAAUUACGGUGACAUCCAAGACUCCUGGGACAGCGUGCUGAGUAUUAUCGACUGGGUUUUUGAAAACCAGGAUGUUCUGACCCCUGCGGCAGGACCUGGAAGGUGGAACGACCCUGACAUGCUGAUCGUUGGUAACUUUGGGCUAAGCAAGGAUCAGUCUCGCACUCAGAUGGCUCUGUGGGCUAUCAUGGCCGCUCCCCUUUUCAUGUCCACCGACCUUCGCGUCAUUAGUGGCGAGGCCCGCAGCAUCCUGCAGAACAAAAUGAUCAUCGGCAUCAACCAGGACGUCUUGGGCUUCCAGGGAAGGCGCAUUCUGAAGGAGAAGAGUGGCAUCGAGGUGUUCUGGCGCCCCCUGUCGAACAACGCCAGUGCCCUUGUUUUCUUCAGUCGGCGCACCGACAUGCCGUAUCGCUACAAGACUUCCCUCAGCAAACUCAACUACACCGCCGACAGCUACAAGGUCACUGAUGUCUUUACUGGUAAAACCGACAUCCUGAAGGACUCUACUGACUUCGUGGUGUCAGUGAACCCAACAGGUGUGGUCAUGUGGUACAUCUCUGCAGCUGGAAAACUACGCUUCCACCACUUGAGCAGAGAUGGAAAACUCCAUGGACCUGCCUACGCUGCUAAGGAAAACGCCAUUCCCCCCGUCUUCCUUUGAUUCCUUUCAUUUGUUUUUAGCCUCAUCAGAAAUGUUCUUACGGAAAUCGAUGCGUCUGUCUGCUUCCUACCUCAAAUUGAAGCUGUUCUUUAAAAAUGUUUACUACCACAGUCACAGCUGUUUUCUCAAAUGACGAAAUCAUUGGAGCGUGAUUGCAGAGGUUAGGAUUUAUUUAUUUUAAACACACUGAUGGAUAAUAAAUGACAUAUUUUUAUAUCAGUUGAAAUAGGGCUGGGCAAUAAGUAGAAAAUUAAUCGUUUUUGAAAUUUCUGACUCUUAUUGAGAUUAUUUUUCCAUGUCAGUAAAUUUGAUAAUAAAAAAAUGAAAAGAUGCGUGUAGGCUGGCAACGUUUGUGUCCCUUUAAGAAGACGAACCUCCUCAAAUCACGAAAAUUGACUCAACGUAAUACAUGCAACAGCUCCAUCUAGUGGACAACUUUUGUUUCUGCGCACACCUGUAGUUAUCGUCCAUUUAUCGUUAUCGAGGUGAAAAUCUCUAUAUAUCGUGAUAUUGAUUUUUGGCCAUAUCGCCCCGCUCUAAGCUGAAACAAUCCUGAUGAAUACAUUACAUACAUACAAUACAUUUAUUCUGAGUUUAAACAUUCAAAAUUAAGGGUAAGAUAAACAACUUUUUUCUCAUUUUUUUUGGGUUUAAAAGAUGAAGAUGAUCAAAUUUUUUUCUAAAAUGGCCACGGUGUGUCUUUUUCUUCAUGAAUGGGAACAUUUUCUAUAAGAAAUUGUCAUUUUUUAUGUGCACCAGAAUGUUUUGUACAGCACUCUGAGAGGACUUGUUUGAAUAAGCUGGAUUGAAUUAAAAUGAGAUAAAAGUUUGACUCGAA